ACCGGGGGGUGGGGGGUUGACGAUGCUCGAAGCGCGCGUGUGUGCGGUGCGCGAGCUGACACGCCGUGCACCACGCACCGUAGAGUGGUGUGCGGGUCUAUGAAAUCGUGUGCUGACGAAGUCUGUGCUUCCGUCGUUACGUGGAUGCGUUGUUCAAGCCGCGAAAUCGCUAGCACGCCGAUCGCAGUGCGGCAACGGGGCCGGGUCGUGACGGGAGACGCCGCGGGAGCGGCCAGCCGCCGAUCUCGCGCCUAGGCCUAAUGAAGUGUCGCCGCCGUCGGCUGUGUUGUGUUCGCGCGCGGCCCCCACUUUGGGAAGUCGCCGUUCACCGAACCAUUUGUACCGCGUUUGUGUAAGCAGUGAGUCCAGAGAAGGGAGGCAACGCCCAGGGGGGUCUGGGCGAUGCAGUCGGCAUUGGCAUGGUCACCCCUUGAUUGCCGUCACUUCUUAUACUACCCAAGCCAGCUGCAGCACAAGCGCAUAGCAUCCGACCUCCUGGCCCCAAUUGGGGCCGUACCGGCCUCAACGGCUGUCUCGCCACAGCAAUCUCUCAGGAAAGUACCUGCUGUUCCGAGUGAGCCAUCUGCUGCCCAGGGUCUACAGGCACCAGUGGGCGACCACAGUGUGACAUACACUGGUGUGAGUGAUUGUAUCCAGAGCUUUCGGGAAGGAAUGACUGGCCUGUUGACAAAGCACUCAAGCCCUGGCUCGCAAGCUAAGGAGAGCGGUGCCCUGAUGGCAGGUGGUGCUGGCCGAGAGGACGACUGGCAGAUGCCGUGCCUGGAGCCCUCGCCCGAGCGCCGCUCUGUGCGUAGUGCUGCCAAGCGCUGGGGGCCCCGCUCGCCCGAGAUGCCCAUGCUUGUGCCAGCAGUAAGCAAGGGGCCUGCAGAGGAGGCAGAGGAGGUGGUGUCCAGGCAGACGCAGCUUCUUCUUAGCCGAUUCCAAGGAAGUGUAGAGGUGGACAGUAUUGAUGGUCUGGACUUCUUUAGUUUCUCCAGUGUGGAGGACCUCAACGAGUUUGCUCGUUCAAUGGACCAACUACUUGAAGAGCAGUAUCACGAGCCGCGCUCCCCGGACGAAUCGGUGCCUUCAUCCGUGGCACGGUCUGGUGCAGCCGACGAGGAGUGGCGCGAGACGGAUUGGACGGAGGAGCGGCAGCCCGUGGUCGUGCUCCCGCGCAAGACGACAGACAUCACCAAGAUCAAGGGGUGGCGGCGCAAGGCGUUUGGCCCCGACCAGACGGCAGACCAGGCGGCGGACCACACAACACGCUGGGUCAUGGACCAGAUGAACGAGCAAGCGUGGCGCCAGGAGGAGGAAGAGAAGCAGGAGCCACCAGCGUUGAUGACGCGGAGGGCUACUGCCGCAGCAGCUGCUGCUGCUGCAGCAGCGAGCGGAGGCCAGCAGUCGGCAUCCAACCAGGCAGCACCACAGCCUGAAGCAAGGAUCAUGAUUGAUAAAGUUAAACAGGAAAAUGUGCAGGCAGCUGAGGUGUCGCUGUCCAAGGGUGUGCGCUGUGCCUUCCUGAGCGCCAAGUUGGACGAGUUCCUGCAGCACCAAUCAGAGCUGCGAGUGGGCCAGCUGGCCCAGUUCAACCCCAACAUCUUGCCCCUGCCUGAGGGGCAGGGAGUGCUGGCACUCCGCAACCCGGUUCUUGCAAGCCAGCCCCCCGAGGGGGCAUCCAGGCAGGUGGGCCCGACCCGGCAGAUGACUGCUCGCCCAUCGCGACGCUAUGGGAGGCCACGGGCUGCAGAGACUGGGCGUGCAUCAGGUGUUGCACGGACCGAGCACUGGAAGACCAGUGCAACUCCUGCUGCGCGACGCCGGCGGCAGGGCAGUGCAGCGACUGACAAAGCAGCAGAGGAACUCGAAGCACCAUCUCCGUCUCCAUCCAAGCCCAUUGCUGCUGCUGCUACAGGGGAAGACUCCUUGCCCAAGCCUCCGGCAAAACGUGUAAAGACAGAAGCCGAGGAAGACCCGCCUUUCCUGGCAAUGACAAGCCGCAGGUUACGUGGUGGCCAGGUGACACCGGAUUCUUCCUUGAACAAGGCUGCUGCUGCGCCCAAGGAGGGGGCCAAAAGGAAGGAACCCUCUACUGCAAAGGAGGCUUCUACCACUAAGGAGGCCUUUACCACAAAGGAGGCCUCUACCCCGAAGGAGCCCUGUACCCCAAAAGAGACUUCAAAGAAGAGGGAGUGCGCUGCCAACCCCGUGACACCCUCAAAAUCUACUGGCACUGCGACCACAAAGAAAACUGCUGCAGCCGCCCCCCUGCCUGCCGAGGAGCCGUUGCCUUACGUCGCGUACGAAGACAGCGGUGACUACCCGAUCGUGCCCGAGACCCAGUUUACCAGUGAGCAGAAGCGGCUGCUUCAGGCGCUUCUCGCGAGCACGCAGUGUAGCCGGCCACUCACAGUUGCUUUGCCUGUGGAGCCUUGUUUUGUGUGCCCGCAACUGGACCAGCACGAUGCCCUUGCGGCUGCACGGGCGCUUUCGCCAGCUGAAGACGGCACACGUCGCAAGACGUCGACUACCUCUGGCAAGCCGGGGACUCCUUCACCAGCCACUGCUGGGCAGAAAACGACACAAGCGCAUACAGCCAGUACACCGAAGGGAGCAAGUGUGGUUAAGAAGGGCAGACCUCUGAUUAAGGCAGCGGUGACAAAGGAGAGCACUGUGGACAUGUCCAAGACACCUCGCAAGCUCAAGGUGAAGGCACUGUCGAUUCCCGCAAUUCCGGCUUCACCGACUGAGUCUACUCAGAGCACCCGCAGCCGUCGGCCAAUCCGGCUUCCCGCUCGCUUCCAAGACUCGGCGUUGUACUUCUCACCCAACGGAGACCUGUUUGACGUUCCAUCACCGCCCACGUCACCUCGACAGCGAGGCCGCAUGGGCGCUGCUAGUAGCUCAAAGGUUGCCCAGUCACAACCACAUCCUCCGCCAGCCCCAGCAACACCCGUCCAGCCAGAUGCAGUGCAGUUGUCUUCCUCGUCUUCAUCUUCGUAUGCUUCAUCUUCGUCAACGUCAUCUUCAUCACGAUCGUCAUCUCGCUCAUCAUCUCCUUGUGGCAGCUCCUGUGAGGCUGCCGUGUCUUCGCAGGCCUCCAGCAAAAAGAAUGAUGAAGGCACAAAGACAUUCCCUAUCAAUGGUGGCCGGACCCUGAAACAGCUGGCACGCUUGAAGACGGAUGGCUUUGUGAGCUUACAUUCCAUCAAUGACUCACAGGCUUCCUCAACUCCUGAAGGCUCUGUUGAUAUCAACGUAGAUUCUUUGUCAGACUCAGAUGAAGAGGAGUUGUCUGUGGGUGACGAGCCUCGUGCCAAAGGCAGUGCGGGGAGCACUAUGCAGAUGAAGGCGUGCCGGGAGCGAAUUCGACGUCAGCAGAUGCAGAACUUGUUAAUGAAGCUGCAGAAUGUUGUCUUUAGAACGCCCACUACCAAGCCUGUCUCUAAGGUGUCCGUCUUGUCACAGGCCAACCAGUACCUCCGCUGCCUGACAGUUUUAUCGGCACACCUGCAUGAGGAGAAGCGUUGGCUGAAGCAACGUCGGGCUGCCCUUGAGCUCUGCUUGCAGGCCAGCUGCCAAGGCACACAGGUGCUACCACUGCCACAGGCCGAACCCAAGCCUGCACCGGUGCCUGCUUCUGUUUUGGAAGUGUGCGACCUGAGUGAUGUCACCGUGCCCCCCCUCCGGGAAGCGAGCGACGAACUGUUAAACGGUGGCAGCGAUCCUACUUUACCAUCUGCACUGCCAGCAGCAAGAAGCAUGAAGAAGAAUGGGGGUUUUAGUAGCAGCAAACUACAUCAUGGCAAAAAGAGGCAUUCUUCUAAGUCAGGUUUCGAGAAGACUUCAAAGCAAAAAGCCCCAGGGCCAGAGAAAGUUCAGGGCACAGGUGCCAGAGCAGCUGCUCCAGCAAAGGUGGAGGCAGUUACGUGCAAGGAGUACAACAUGGAGAUGACGACUGGGAACAAUGACCCGACAACGGUUUCCUACAAGUUGAACGAUGGCCACAUUGGCGCCCUGCGUACCGUUCCGGCAGCCACUGCCGACACACCCAAGAAGUACACCCUGUACCCUGCCAAGGGCACUAUGCUUGGUGAUCUGUCGAAGGUCGCCGCCGCAGCACAACAGAUCAUUGGGCCUUGCGUCAUCAAGCGAGUCAAGCUGCGUUCAGGCCAGACCGUGUACGUCUAUGGGCAGCCAGAAGGGACCAGUGCACCGACAGCAGAUGGCACACCUCCCGCACAAGACCGCCGCAGUAGUGGCGCUGGUGAUGAAUACCAGCCUCUGCCUUCAGGAGCCUUGUCAAUGUCAACAUGGAAGGACGAGGAGGUGUCUACAUUGCACCUCGCAGCACCCUCUGCAUUGGCUGAACCAGACGCGGUGCCUAGCCCAGACGAAGAAAUGCCAGAGGUUGCGUGUGGUGAUGACUCUCAGGACACUCACGGCAGCUCCUUGCAAGGCAUUGGAGAAGACCAACAAGCUUCUCACAGUGGCAACAUUGACGACGACGAGGGUGAUUUGGGGGACACUUCGGAGUGGAUCUCGGGUGAUGGCGACACUUGCAUCGUGAUGAAACUCCCCGUGACCACGGACGAGGAAGAAUCUUCGUCCGACGAGUCAUAGCAUCAGUUGC